CUGCGAAGCCUUGUUAAAUACCAAUCCACUGUCCUCAAAUGUUUAUCGCUGUCUAGCCUACUACGCACAGUUGCUAGCUAAUAGCAGCUAACGUUAUUACUAAUAUUUGAGAGACGCUGGUUAACGGUUGACUCAUGAAGACUGAAACUAAGUUUGCUUAACGGUGUGCGAAAACUUGGAUUUGUUUGUAAUACAUCUAACCAACAAGGAUUACAAGAUUCAAUACUAGCUAGCCAGUUAGCUAGCUACCUUCUUGUUUGUUGACGUGAGUGUUCAGCGGUCCCUCAAAGGAGCCAUGAAUUUCACUAGCCAUGCUACUCUUGGAAGCCAAGAAAAUGCCCUUGAUGGAAAAGAAAUGGAUGGCUCACGAAUGCCGAGAAUGAAGCAGAGAACUGUCCUUGGGGUUCUGAGUGAAAAUGAGCAGCAGAAGAGAGCCAUUUCUCUGGGAGCCCCAAAACCCAAACCCUUGGAUGAAGACUCUAGCUAUGGCAUUAUUGCCCAAGCAUGCAUGUCUAACUUCAGCUAUGACGUAAACUUGGAUGAUCCAAGUGAGAUCGUUCUCACAUCCACGGGUUCAGCUGGUUCUGAGAGAACAUUGCAUGAGGAUGUUGCUUUGCAGCAUGAAGACUUUCAGUUGGUCUUGGACCAGAGUGGAGGAUCAUGCAUGGAGACCUCUAUGCAGGACUUACUAGAAUAUGAGCCAUUGUCCUCACAGGAAGCUCAUGCAGUUGCGGAAUAUGCUGAAGAAAUUCAUCAUCAUUUGCGACAGAAUGAGUUGAAAUUCAGACCAAAGCCAGGUUACAUGAAUAAGCAGCCAGAUAUUACAAAUUGGAUGCGCAUCAUUUUGGUGGACUGGUUGGUUGAAGUUGGUGAGGAGUACAAAUUGAAUGCGGAGACCAUCGUCUUGGCUGUCAACUAUUUGGAUCGAUUCCUUUCCAGCAUGUCUGUUCUAAGAGGAAAGCUGCAACUUGUUGGAACUGCAGCAAUUCUACUGGCUGCAAAAUACGAGGAGGUGUAUCCACCAGAAGUUGAUGAAUUUGUUUACAUCACGGAUGACACUUAUUCAAAGAAGCAGCUGCUCCGAAUGGAGCACCUUCUUUUGAAAGUCCUUGGUUUUGACCUGACCGUACCAACGACACAUCAGUUUUUGAUGAUUUAUAUUACUUUUGAACCUGUCAAUACCAAGACUGCACACCUUGCCCUGUUUCUUGCAGAGCUGAGCUUGCUGGAAGUUGAUCCAUUCCUACAACAUCUUCCUUCUAAAGUUGCAGCUGCGUCUUACUGUCUGGCCAAUUAUACACUUAACAGAACCUUCUGGCCUGAUCCUCUAUAUUCGUUCACUGGGUACACAUUGACUGAAAUUGCCCCUUGCAUAAAAGAUCUGCAUAAACUGCAUCAGAGUGCUGCAAAUCGGCCACAGCAGGCAAUUAGAGAGAAGUACAAGACCCCCAGGAAUGGUGCCGUUUCGCUUAUCACUCCACUGGAUUGCCUGCCAUUCCAGUAACAUGUUGGCUCUCCCAGGCAUCCAACCUCAGCUCUUAUCUUUUAAUGUCGACUGGUGAUGAAGUGUGUAUAUAUUUUAAUGAACUUUUAAAUUUGUAAAUGGUUUUUAAUUUUAUUUCUAUACUUUUAAAGGCAGAUCCAGAAGGUAGCCAUCACGUAAUUUUAAAGAAGGUAGUCCCAAGUUGUAUUGUGAUGUAUAUAAACCUUUUCCCCCCCCUCACUGCAUUUACGGUAUCCUUUUCUCUGUCUGUAUUGACUUUUUAUGUAAACAAGUGGUAGUCUAGUCACAUUGUUUUCACUUUCAAGUUGUACAGCUUUACUUUUACAAUCAUGGAAAUGUGAAACUUCAUUAUGUGAAAUAAAUGAAGGAAACUGCCUCAA